UCCAGAUCAUCAGCCUGUCCAGGGGCAAAGCGCAGGCUACACAAACAUGCCAGGACUGGCACACUGAGACUCAAGCCUGUACAGAGCAAGGGGACAGGGGGGAGAGCCGCUACACUGCAGGGAGCAGCUGGCACUGCAAGGUGGAGGGCACGCUGCAAGUGGAGAAAGUGCCUUUGAAGAGUACCCGCUGCUCAUCCUUCUUGAUGGUCCAUUUCUAAGUUGUGUUUCCCAGAAGUGAAUCGGGCGUGUAGGGGCUCUAGUGGAUCUCUAAGUCUCCAGCUUUUACUUAGUACCCACCAAGGCUGCAGAGAUGUGGGUCUUGGAGCUCCUGCUGGGGGUGGCAUGGCUGGCAGGGCUGGUGAAUGGGCAGAACGAGACGGAACCUAUCUUACUGGAGGGCAAGUGCCUGGUGGUUUGUGACUCCAACCCAACAUCUGACCCCACUGGAGCCGCGCUGGGUAUCUCUGUGCGCUCCGGGAGUGCCAAGGUGGCAUUCUCUGCCAUCAGGAGCACAAACCACGAACCAUCCGAGAUGAGCAACAGAACCAUGAUCAUCUACUUCGACCAGACUUUGGUCAAUAUCGGAGGAAAUUUUGACUCGGAGAGAAGCACUUUUAUAUCACCCAGAAAAGGGAUUUACAGUUUCAAUUUCCACGUGGUUAAAGUAUACAACCGGCAAACCAUUCAGGUGAGUUUGAUGUUAAAUGGAUGGCCAGUGAUUUCUGCAUUUGCCGGUGACCAAGAUGUUACAAGAGAAGCUGCCAGCAAUGGAGUCCUUAUUCAAAUGGAAAAAGGGGACAGGGCUUACCUGAAACUUGAGAAGGGGAACCUGAUGGGAGGAUGGAAGUUUUCGACGUUUUCUGGAUUUCUGGUGUUUCCUCUUUAAAAUGACAAUGUCCCGGAGCAGCAAGUGACAUGGGAAGGAAAUUGAUAUUAACCCCAAAUAGCUGCAUUUAGAGACUUGGACAGGAUACUUUGUACCUUGAAAAAUACAAGACCCUGCAUAUCUAAAUGUGUGUGCACCUGCUUUGGAAAAUUAUUGUAACAGACAAGGAACUGGUGAGAUCUUUAUCGAGCAAUUUUAGAAACGAUCAUCUUUUGUCCUCAUGUCACAUAACAGAAUUACAUAAAUUAUUUCAGUGAAACAAACACAGUCUAUUUUAUUUUGUAAAAAAAAUACACAAAUCAACAAAAACUAGACGCCUCUCAUAUUUUUGUUCUCUUGGAAAAUAAAUAGGGAAUGCCAUAGAAGUAUUAUGUAUCUUGGCUGCUA